AUGGCCUCGAGGCCCGGGUCGAGCUCCGGCUCGGGCUCCAAUCGCCAGCGCGCCCGAAACUCUCAAGAAGACUUCCCUCCGCUUCCCGCCCCCAGACUGCCUCCUCUCCGAAACCUGCACUCGCCCAUCGGCUCCCCCGCCCCAGCCGCGACUCGUCCGCAGACUCGCUUCUGGUCCGCGGCCGCUCGCCGCGCCGAGCGCAUCCGCAACCUCGACGACCUGCCCUCCGGCCUCGACGACCUCGACGACUCCAUGGACCAGACAUGGCUGGGCCCCAUGCGCCGCAGCUCUCGCCUGCGCGCCGCCGACCACCGCCGCCCCAACUUUGACGAGCUCGACCAGACGCUCGACGAGGCCAACUCCCAGCUCAGGUCCCUGCUGGACAUGACCAACCACAUCAACCUCAUGACGCCGCUCAUGCGCGACAGCUUCUCGCCGACCCUGCGCCCGCACGACUUCGCCGACGACGCCCGUCGUAGCAAGCGCAGGAAAAUCGACGCCGACAGGCUCGUCCCCAGCUUCAAGGGAUUCCGCUACGGCAAGUACGGCCAGGUUGAGCCGGGGCAGCUGCACAUGGAGAUUGUGAGCUGCGAUGGCGGCAUGUUCUCCAACGAGUCGUCGUACGCCGCCGAGAACAUUCUCAGAAACGACAACUCGGUGUAUUGCACCAAGGGGAACCGCUGCAACAUUGUGCUGCGGCACCAGGGAGCCACGGUUUUCACCCUUCGAGAGGUGGUCAUCAAGGCCCCCGGCUCCAUGAAUUACUCUCACCCAGUGCGGGAAGGCAUGGUUUUCGUCGCCAUGAAUCAGGACGACUUGCUGAGCCGGACAGCUCAGUAUCAGAUCCAGUAUGCGCCAAUGACGCGGGAUCACCCGUGGUACGGGCACAACGACGACCGGCAUCCUCUGGACCGAGACUCGCGGCGUAUCGUGUCAAUCAGGCAUCACGACGAUGGUACCACGAGCACGCGGGCGCGGAGGUCCUACAUCUAUCGUGGCGACGACGACGAGGCCGAAAACCGCACGCCUCAGAUGCCUGAGGAGUUCACGCAGAACCAACCAGACUUCCGUGUGACGACCGAGUGCAGCGACGACGAGGAGGACUAUGAGACAUCACAAAUGUACCGGCGUGCUCCCAACCGCAUUGGGUCACUACCCUUCGAAACGCCAGACUCCGACUCUGAGGACCCCAACAACCCAUUUGGGUCUGACGACUUCUUCGACGACUCGCAACCGCCGCACCACCCCCAGCGCCGCUCUACGCGCCAUAUCGGCGGUGGCGGCCACCGGGACCGGCUGAUGGACAUGUCCUUGGCCGAGGCCUGGGACGCCCACGCCAAUGCGACGCAGGAGGCCGUCCGCGCCGUCGGCGGCGAGCUGCUCGCCCCGCACGCGCGCUUCUACAUCGAGAAGAAGAAGAGCAAGUGCACCAUUCGCUUCGAUCCUCCCGUGUCGGGCCGCUUCAUCCUCCUCAAAAUGUGGAGCUCGCAGCACGACUCGUCGGGCAACAUCGACAUCCAGUCCGUCAUCGCCCGCGGGUUCGCCGGCCCGCGCUACUUUCCCUCGGUCGAGCUCAGCUGA